UUUGUACAUUUAAUGAAUAUAUGUAUAGUAAAUUAUCGUAACAAAUAUAAUUGUCAAAUAGAGAACCUGAUAAAUGAUUUGACUAUCUAGUUUAUAAAAAUAUACACGUGGUCUUUUGUUACAUAGUUUCCCGCCUAAACCGAUAACUUAUUUGACAAUAAAAGGUUUUUACAUAAUUUUUCUAAUAAUGAAGUCGUGAAAAGAACUCUCAAAAAAUGCUUUUUAGUCCAUUGUUUUUGUAAACAAAGCUUUGUUAGUAAACGGUAUUUAUAUGUGGAACAUUAAAUUGUCAAUAUGUCCAAAAAGCUUCCUAUUAAUCAAAAUUCAGGAGUUCCAAAGUUGACAACAUUUUUCAAACGACUGCAGAACAAGGAUAAUUUAACCUCUAGUACACCUACUCAACAAAAUAUUUUAAAAAGUCCAAACGUAAAAUAUGACAUUUCUAUUGAUUCAGAUGAUGAUAGUGAUAGUUUUAUUUCUUCAAAUUUAAAAAAAGAGUGUAAAAUGGUAGAUAGUGUUAUAAGCCUUGAAAGCUCAAAUGAUUUACCAAGUCAAAGUGUAUUUAAAGCACAAUCUCAAGAAAGUAGUUCUUCACUUAUACAAUAUGUGGAAGAUUCUAUAGAAGAAAAGGAAAGAUUGAAAAACAUACAAAAAACAAGUGCUUUUGAUGCGAGAAGUACAUAUAGAAAAAAAAUUGUCUUUGAACAAUUUUCGGACAGUGAGGAUGAAUGUACAAAAUUAAAAACAUGUCCACGUUUAAAUAAUGAGUUAAAACAAACAGAAGAUAAAAAAGAGAAUUUAGAAACACAAGAAAAUCUCACCAGUAAUGCAGAUAUACCACCAUCUGCUGUUCAUAAUAAGACUGCUAUAACGUCACCUGAAAUGAGUAAACAAAAUUCAUUUAAUAGCCACGUUAGCCCUGAGGAAAUUAAACAUAAUACAAAUGAAAAUAUUGUGAAUAAAGAUACUGAAGGCUGUAAUGAAAGAAAUACUAAGAAAGCUAAGAAUGUUAUCAUAUCUGAUUCUGACAAUGAUAAUUCUGAUUCAAAAGAAACCAUUCAAAUGACACCAAGAAAGAAAUGGAUAGGUCCUGACUAUAAAUUGAAUCUGAAGCCUUUAGGUAUGGAUAAACAAUUAAUUUCUUGGAUUCAAUCAAUAAAAGAACAACCAAUUAUGUCAUCUUUGCCUAGAACAGAAAAUGAUUUAGAAGAUAGACGUCAAAAUCUGCAAGAUCUUCAAAUAGAAAUUCUACAAAAAUUUUGUGUGGCUAUGAACCAAAUUCCAAUACCUGUAUUAGAAAAAUUUCCGAAAUUUAAUGCAGAGGCAUUUAAUAAAUUAACAAUAUUAAAUCAGCAUGUUAAAGCAAAAUUACGUUUGAUAAAUAAAAAACUGGAAAAUAUACAAAAAAUAGAGAAAGAAUUAAAAUCUACAAUUGAUAAUCAAUUCAUAGAUGAAGCAGAAUGUCAUAGUCCUGUUUUUAAGAAACACAACAUACUCAAAAGUAGUUCAAACUUGAACAAUUCAAAGGAUAGUAUUAACCUGAGUCUUAAUUCUUUUAGCAAAGAAAUAAUAGGUUCUAAUGAAACUUCAGAUACAUUAUCAUCAAGCAUUACUAGACCUUCUUUAAAUCCAUGGCAAACAGAUGAUACUGAAAAAGUAAAUAUGAAAACCUCUGCCAAUAAUAACUUGUCUGUAGUAAGUACAAGCACUGCAACAGCUACAACGAAAAAAAGUACUUUUCAAUUAAAAAGACCAGUUAGAGCUACAGUAUGCACAGAAGUUACAAAAAAAAUAGGCGAGUUAUGGGAGAAAGAACAGCAACAAUCAAAACUAUUAAAAAUAAAAUCUGAUUCUGAAUGUGAUGCAAGUAAUGUUAGCUUUAAAUCAGAGCAAAAUGAACUUGCAUAUCAAAAUAAAAAUUUUGAUUGUAAUAACUUUAAAGCAAAAGAAUUUCAAAAGGAUGUACAAUCUACAUUUAAUCAAAAAAAUGAUUGGAUUAAUAAUAGUGAAAAUUUUGAGGAUGAGUUAAUAACAAAUAAGAACAGAAGUAUUACUGAAACAUUUAAACAAGAGCAUAAGAUUUCUGUAUCUUUAAGUGAUAGUUCUAAUUUAGAUUUAAGUAUGAAAGAAGUGAGUAGCCAAGAAAAAAAGAAGAAUACUACUACAAAUAAUAAAAUAGAUGUAAAUUUAAAUACAUCUGUUUCUGAAGGAAUCUUUACUGGAAAUUAUAAAAAUGAUGGUAUUAGCGGAGAAUUCGAUGGUUUAAAUUAUCCUCAUUCUCGUGAAAUGUUAAAAAUAUUUAGGCAGAAAUUUGGUCUAUAUUCUUUUAGACCAAAUCAAUUGCAAGCAAUUAAUGCAGCACUUCUUGGAUUUGAUUGUUUUGUCUUGAUGCCUACAGGUGGAGGAAAAUCACUUUGUUAUCAAAUGCCAGCUCUUCUUGUACCAGGAAUUACAAUUGUUAUUUCUCCUUUAAAAAGUCUUAUUCUUGAUCAAGUUCAGAAAUUGACUUCACUUGACAUUCCUGCAGCACACAUGUCUGGCAAUUUAACUGAAACUCAAUCAGCUGGAAUAUAUAGAGAAUUAUCAAAGAAAGAUCCAGGUUUAAAAUUAUUAUAUGUGACACCUGAAAAAAUAUCUGCUUCCCAAAAAUUCAAUAGUAUUUUAACAACUCUAUUUCAAAGAAAUUUGUUAGCACGAUUUGUUAUCGAUGAAGCACAUUGUGUAAGUCAGUGGGGCCAUGAUUUCAGACCAGAUUAUAAGAAAUUAAAAUGUCUCAGAGAAAAUUAUCCUACAGUGUCAACAAUUGCUUUAACAGCUACAGCUACUCCAAGAGUUAGAACAGAUAUAUUGUAUCAAUUGGGUAUGACAAAACCAAAAUGGUUUAUGUCAAGUUUCAACAGACCGAAUUUGCGAUAUAGUUUAAUUGCAAAGAAAGGCAAAAAUUGUUCUGAUGAAGUUAUAGCUAUGAUAAAAACAAAAUUCAAAAAUCAAUGUGGUAUUGUUUACUGUUUAUCACGUAAAGAUUGUGAUAAUUACGCUUUACAAAUGAGAAAAAAUAAUAUUCGAGCUCAAAGUUAUCAUGCUGGAUUGACAGAUAAUCAAAGGAGUGAUAUUCAAGGACAUUGGAUUUCAGAAGAAAUCAGGAUUGUUUGUGCAACUAUAGCAUUUGGUAUGGGUAUUGAUAAGCCUAAUGUACGCUUUGUAAUACAUGCUUCUCUACCAAAGUCUAUAGAAGGUUAUUAUCAAGAAAGUGGACGUGCUGGUCGUGACGGAGAAAAUGCCGAAUGUAUAUUAUUUUAUAAUUAUGCUGAUAUGCAUAGAAUUAGAAAAAUGAUUGAAAUGGAUAAUUCGAAUAGAGAUGUUAUAAAAACACAUAUGGAUAAUUUAUUCAAGAUGGUAUCCUUCUGUGAAAAUAAAACAGAUUGUCGCAGAGCAUUACAACUUAACUAUUUCGGUGAAAUUUUUAAUCGAGAAAAAUGUAUUGCAAAUAAAUCAACUGCAUGCGAUAAUUGUAGGUGUAAGGCGGAGUUUACUAUGUUGGAUGCAACAAAUUAUGCACGGCAAAUUAUGAAAGCAGUACGAGAAAUUAAUCAGAAAAAAAAUUCUAAAUUAACUCUAGUAUUUCUUACGGAUAUUUUUAAGGGAAGUGAUUUAAAAAAAAUUAGAGAAUCAGGUCUUACGAAUCAUCCAUUGUAUGGUCAAGGUAAAUCGUGGAGUAGAGGUGACAUAGAACGUCUUUUACAUGAAAUGGUACUUAAAGAAUAUUUAAGAGAGGAAAUGUAUAUAAAUAAUGAAAUCGCGUGUGCAUAUUUAAAACUUGGUCACAAAGCGGCAGAUUUAAUGACCGAAAAAGACACAAAGGUGAUUAUUCCAAUACGUGCUGCAAAUAGCAGUUCAAAUGCAAUAGCAACUGUUUCUACAGUUACAACUAAAGUUAACAAAGUUUUACAAGAAUUGCAAGAUCGUUGCUAUUCAGAAUUAAUAGGAAUUAUUAGAGGAAUAGCGGGUGCACUUGAUGUAUCUGCAUCGUCAAUUAUGAAUAUGAUAGCUAUCAGAGCAAUGAGUCAGCAGUUACCUGAUAGUGAAGAAGCCAUGUUAAAGAUUCCCCAUGUCACAAAGGCGAAUUUUGAUAAAUAUGGCAAAGCUUUAUUAGAUAUUACGCAAAAAUAUGCAGCAGAAAAAUAUGUUUUAUUGAAUGAAGCUGAUGAGAAUUCAGUUGAUAGUACUGAUGAGGAUGCAACUUCGUGGAAUACUGCCACAAAUUCCUCUUAUUCUGAAAGUACAAGAGGUAAAUAUGGAAGUACAGGAGGAAGAAAACGUAAAGGCUAUAAUAAUUAUCGUUCUAGCACCAAAAAAGCUAAAUAUACAAAUUCAAGCGCGCAAAAAGGAAAAGCAGCUCCGAAACGUAAAACUACUGCAGCAAAGUGUACUGUCGGACUUGUAAGUUUCUCAAAGAAGAAAUAAUAUCUCAUUGUCAAUGACACAGAACAGUGAUUAUUAUUUUUAUAAAUUAUGUAUUUAAUUAUUUGUAUUAACUUUUGUAUUUGUAAGACAUUGAAUGACUAUUUUGUAUUAAUAUUAUGAUACAGUGUAUCAGUGAAUCUUUGAAAUUGGCGUUUUAGCCAUAUUAUAUAUAUUUCAAUGAAAAUUGUUUAACUGUGUAGAUACUCAAUAAAAUUUUUUAGCGGAUUAAGUUAUCUGCUAUCGUGAAUGUGUUUUUGUAAAAAAUCUACAAAAUUAUGAUAUUUUAGUGAUAGUAUAAUUAUAAUCACUCUCGUCAUGUAAAUGAUGAAUAUCAUGGCAUCUGCAAUUUUAUUGGCUACUGACUUUACUCACGAUAUAUGAAUACGUCAUUUUACAUUUACAUAAUUAUUAACUUUGAUGUGGUGUGUGUAUGUUACAUUAAAUUGAUGGUAUGUAUCAAUAAUUUUUAUAUAAUAAAAUGAAUAUAAUAUAAUAUAAUCUAUAAUUAUUUCAAGUAAGAAAUGAAAAUGAAAUAACAAAAAUCAAAGCAUUUGCAGAAUGUUGGAAAAAAUAAUUUUUGUAACAUAAAAAUUAAGGAAUUAACUUAUAAAUAGAAAUUGUAUGUACAAAUUAAUUAAAUAUAUUUAAUAGUGCAUUAUCUUU